AUUGCUAAGCAUCUUCAAUUCACCUCCACCACACACCCACACACACAAUGUCGUCAGCACCGCCAACCGCUGCCAACAUGGGCUCAGACCUCAAGGACACCACCGCGCCAGCCAAAGUUAAGCCAUGCUGCGUCUGCACAGACCAAAAGGCUAAACGCGACGAAUGCAUGCUCUUCUCGACAUCGAACGACCCCCAGAAAGAGUGCUUCACCCUCGUCGACGACUACAAGAAGUGUAUGGCUGGAUACGGCUUCAAGAUAUAGCGAGUUGAGGGAUGGAAUUGUAUACGACAUGUACAACACAAGCAUAUGGGUGGCGUUGCGCACGAUACGUGUUUUUAGAUUCGGUGUACAAUACUAUACAUGAGGAACCGCGAUCUUCCCUCCA